GAAAGAGAUGGGGAAACCAGCUUCCAGUCCUGUGUCCUGUCUUGCCCCUCCUUCUUAUCUCCCCCCCCUGGGCAAAGUGGUCUUUGUCUUGGGAUGCCUGGUGUGACUGUCUCUAUGGUACCUUCACUUGCCCUUUGAGGUCUAAAGUUUCUCUACCAGGAGAUGCCACAGUUACCAGCUGGCACUGCUUACCAGGUCUUUUACCGCUUUGAGAACGUGCUACACCUUGGCUUUUUAUAGCUUCGGACACUGUUCCCUUUAAGAAGAAGUUUUAGGGAACUGCGCUGCCCUAUUCCUGAUGGGAUCUACCCUGGAACAAUUAAAAAAUGGAGCAAAACCUGGCUGGUCCAGAAGCAGGAAGGAACUCUAAUAUUCUCCAGGUAGAGAUCGGGGCUGCUAAGACGAUGCCGGGGGAGUCCGGCCACACGGUAGAUGCCCGAUGCUUCUACUUCCGGCAGUUCCGCUACCAGGAGAUCUGGGGACCCCGAGAGGUGUUCAACCGGCUCCGUGAUCUUUGCUUCCUGUGGCUCCAACCACAGCGUCACACAAAGAAUCAGAUCUUGGAUUUGGUGAUCCUGGAGCAGUUCCUGGCUGUUCUUCCUCCAGAGAUGGAGAGCUGGCUUCGAGAAUGUGGGCCGGAAACCAGUUCUCAGGCGGUGGCCCUGGCCGAAGGAUUUCUGCUGAGUAAAGCAGGAGAAAAGCCUCAAGAAGAGCAGCAGACUCAGGAAAAUUCUCCAGACUUGGCCAAUGAGAUGGGGAAAGCUACUUCAAGCAUCAGACCCAGAACAUUUUUCAGGUGGAUUGUGGAGGAGGAGCCUAAGCAGAUUGCUUCUCGUCAAGGUCAAGGAUGUGAUCCAGUGAUCCAGUCGUGGGGGCACCCAUAUGGAAAUGGAAUAGAAACAGCUCUUGAAGAACCACGUCAGGAUCAGGUAACUUUUGAAGAUGUGGCGGUCUACUUCACCGAUGAGGAGUGGACAUUGCUGGAUCCAGACCAACGAGUCCUCCAUGUGGAAGUGAUGGAGGAGAACUGCGGAAAUUUGGCUUUUCUGGCCGGGGGCAGCUGGAAGGCUAAAACAGAGGAAGAAGUCCGUGGGCUGUUUUUAGAGAAGGCUGCGGACAAGGAAGAGGAAAAGCAGAGCCGGAAGGUGGAAGAGGAAAAAAAGAGGAUGCCUCCAUCCCCUGUUUUUCGGGAUGUUGCGGCCUGUAAAUUCCCAGCCUUAGAAACCACAUGCAACGGGAAAAGAAGCAGUCAGUGCCUGGCAUGCGGUGAAAGCUUCAGCUGCAAGUUGAGCCUUAACGCUCAUUUGAAAACCCACAAAGAGGAGAAACCCUUUAAGUGUCCCAACUGCGGGAAAAGCUUCUCGCAGAGGAAAGGCUUGAUAAGGCACGAGAGGAUUCACACGGGGGAGAAACCGUACGCCUGCCUGGAAUGUGGGAAGAGCUUCUGUCAGAGCGCGGCCCUCAUCACCCAUCAGCGCAUUCACACUGGGGAGAAGCCGUACGCUUGCCUGGAGUGCGGAAAGAGCUUCUGCCAGAAGACCACGCUGGUCCGUCACCAGCGAAUCCACACGGGCGAGAAGCCCUACGUGUGCGGGGAGUGCGGGAAAAGUUUCAGCCAUCGGUCGCAGCUGACGUCCCACCUGAGAGUCCACACGGGGGAGAAACCGUACAAAUGUUCGGAAUGCGGGAAGAGUUUCAGCCAGAACACAAAUCUGACAUUGCACCAACGAACUCACACUGGGGAGAAACCCUUCCGGUGCCUGGAGUGCGGAAGGAGUUUUAGUCACAGCUCGACUUUAAUGGCCCAUCAGAGAACUCACACGGGAGAGAAGCCGUUCACCUGCUUGGACUGCGGGCAGAGUUUUGCCCAAAACGCCAGCCUUAUUUUCCAUCAAAGGACCCACACGGGGGAAAAACCCUACACAUGUCCAGACUGUGGUAAAAGUUUUAGCACCAGCACCAGCCUGACUUCGCAUCGACGGAUUCACACGGGCGAGAAGCCCUACGUGUGCGGGGAGUGCGGGAAAAGUUUCAGCCAUCGGUCGCAGCUGACGUCCCACCUGAGAGUCCACACGGGGGAGAAACCGUACAAAUGUUCGGAAUGCGGGAAGAGUUUCAGCCAGAACACAAAUCUGACGUUGCACCAACGAACUCACACUGGGGAGAAACCCUUCCGGUGCCUGGAGUGCGGAAGGAGUUUUAGUCACAGCUCGACUUUAAUGGCCCAUCAGAGAACUCACACGGGAGAGAAGCCGUUCACCUGCUUGGACUGCGGGCAGAGUUUUGCCCAAAACGCCAGCCUUAUUUUCCAUCAAAGGACCCACACGGGGGAAAAACCCUACACCUGUCCAGACUGUGGUAAAAGUUUUAGCACCAGCACCAGCCUGACUUCGCAUCGACGGAUUCACACGGGCGAGAAGCCCUACGCAUGUGCCGAAUGCGGGAAGAGCUUCUGUACGAGUACGAAUCUUGUCACCCAUCAAAGGAUCCACACGGGGGAAAAGCCAUUCAAAUGCUCCGAGUGUGGGGAGAACUUCCGGAAAAAAGCCCAUCUCCUACGCCACCACCUCACGCACACUGGGGAGAAGCCGUACAAAUGCGUGGAGUGUGGGAAGAGCUUUAGCGAGAAAAGGAACCUUAAUUCACAUCAAAGGAUCCACUCUGAGAAUUGGAGUGAGGAACCUCGUCGUGGCGGUUGGGGGCUUCCUUCUCUAAAUUCAGAUAGUCCCCCCAUUUCACAGGACUCUGGUUCUUUCCAGAGCCAUUUGCAGCAUGAUUCUAAUCCAGAAGGAAAUUUGGAGUGUUUUACACUCCACUUCUCAGUGAACAGAUGAUAGGGUGCGGUGUGUGUGUGUGUGUGUGGCAGCUCCACCCCUACCUUAGCUUGACUUUUAUGCCUGCAUCUUGCUCCACCUUGCACAACCAGAUGGCGGGCAGGGCUUAACUAGGACUUAUUUUUGGGAUAGGGCUUAUAUUAGAUGCAGGCAUGAAAAUUGGGCUAGGGCUUGCUUUCGGGGUCGUAUUUUCAGGGAAACAUGGUAGAAUGCCAGUUUAAAUAUAAAAUAACAAAAUAGGCUUACGGUUCUGUUUCGGAUAAUGGAGCAUGUGAAUUUCUCUCGAUUCUUAUCCAUUUGGCCAGUACAGGUUCUCCACAAUAUAGUAGCAUUACAAAAAGGUAGAGUACGAUACAUCCAAAUCCAGGCAGUCUUUGGGUUACAAUCCUUCGUUUAGUGACCAAAGUUACAGCGGCCCCGAGAAAGUAAGUGAUCAGUCCUCACACCUAAUGACACUGAAGGAUCCCCAGUCGCAUGGUCAAAAUUUAGGUACUUGGCCACUGCAUGUAUAGUAUUCACAGCGGAGUAUUUACAGCAGAGUUCCCCAACCUUUCUGGGUUGGCGGCCCGGAAUGAGGGGAGAGGGAAAAGAGGGGAUGUGUCGUGUCCCACUCCCUCUCCGACGACUGAGUCUGGGAAGUCUGUAUCAAGCAUGGCCACGAAGCCUCUGCAGCUUUGCCAAAUUCCUUUCAGAUUUCUCAGGGCAGGCACGAAUCCAAGGUGUGACUUCAGCAAACCAGAUAAGACUUUGCUUGACUCAAGGAAUGCCAAAAAGCAGAUCCUUUAUAUAGGCUAUGGGGUGUGGCUCCAUGACUCAGCACUUAUCCAGGCCUGCCCCUCCCUUCCUUCUGCUGACGUCGCCUCUCAGAUCUCCGGAAGCGAGGAUCCUCCCACUUUAGAUUGUCUUCUGCUGAUUGAGAAAGGAAGGGGUCAGAAGGAGUAGGUCCGUGUAAUUCCAAUCCCUGGCUGACUUCCUCUGAUGGCUGUGUGUGAGUGAGGUUUGUUUGUUCAUUCCUGACAUCCCCUCCAGGCAUGGGGCCAGGGCUGGGGGCUGGAGGCAUGCCAGGCCGUUCCUCUUCAUUAUCAGACUCUGAAUCUGAUAGCAGGCCCGGCAGGAGGAGGGAGGGGCCCGGCUGAGGAGAGGAGGGAGGAUGAGGCACAACAGGAUAGUUUUGUGGGAGGGGGAGGUGCUGCUGCUCGUGCGAGUGGGUUGCAAGCGCCUGUGACACUUGCGUGAGUGGGGGUGUAAGCGCCCGCGACGACGCUUGCAUGAGUGGGGCCGCAAGUAUCUGCGAUGCUAGCGUGAAUGGGCUGUGAGUGCCUGCACGAGUGGGAGACUUGUGCAAGUGGGCCGUGCAUGCAUCCUCAUGCACAUGCACUGGCCAGCUACUCACAUAGCCCAGUGGCCAAUAGGCCAUGGCCCCAUAGCAAACCACAGCCCAGAGGUUGGGGAUCCCUGGUUUAUAGUAUCUUGGGGUCAUGUGACCACUAGCUGAUUUCCGACAAGCAAAAUCAAUGGAGGAAGCCAGAUUCACUUAGUGACGACUGUAUGAUUCAUUUAACAACUGCAGUGAUUUGCUCACCUGGGGCAAGAAAAGGUCACAAAUUCCUAGUGCGAUUCCCUUAACAACUGCUUGGCUUAACGAUAAAAAUCCUGGUUCCAAUUGUGGUUGUAAACCGAGGACUACCUGCAAUUGAAUAUUUGGCUGCAAGGAAGACAUGAGCUCUCAUAUUUGAUCAAAGCAAAAUGUGAGCUGCUCCAGACCAUCAUUAUUUCUGGUGGUCAAAUAUAAAAUCGAAGUCUCUGUUUAGGAAGGAGGUACAGUCAGAAUUAGCAAAUAUCCAGGUCUGCUCUUUAAAGCAAGCAUGAACAGCCCACUGCCCAUCUUUUCUGUCUGGUAGGAUCUCUGACCCAACUAACUUUAAUUUAAAAAUUAAAAUUAAUGAAAGCAAAAGAGGCUUCAAAGCUAUAGCCCAGGGAUGGCUAACCUUUUUGCCAUUGCGUGCCAGGAGGUGGGGAUGGGGGGGAGGUCAUGCGUGUACGUGCCCACACCCAUAAUUCUAUGCGCCCUGUCCCUGUGCAUGCAUGUGUGACCUCCCUCCUGGCACGUGAUGGCCCGGUAGGCCCGUUUUUCUCUCUCACCUGUCUCCAGAGCCUCUCUAUGAGUCUGGGGAGGGCGAAAACAGCCUUCCUCACCACCCUGGAGGCCCUUCGGAGGCCAGAAACAGCCCGUUUACCAACUUUUGGUUGGACAGGAAAUUUUUUUGCUGUCCCCAGCCUCCAGACACUCCUAGAGAGGCUCUGGAGGCUUGCGAUAGCAAAAAAGUCACUUUCUGUCCAACUGGAAGUUGGUAAACGGGCUGUUUCUGGCCUGCAGAGAGCCUGGGGGUGUGGGGAAGGCCAUUUUCGCCCUCCCCAGACUCAGAGAGAGGCUCUGGAGCCAGGUGAGAGAGGAAAACAGGCCUUCCCCAUCACCACCCAGGCCCUCCGGAGGCAGGAAACAGCCUGUUUCCCUACUUCGGGUGGGCCCAGAAGGCCCGAAAAUCAGCUGGCCGGUGCAUGGAGCUGAGUUCACUGCCCACUGAUAUGGCUACACGUGCCACCUGUGGCAUGCAUGCCAUAGGUUUACCAUCAUGGCUAUAGCCCAACUUUUGUCAUCAAUCACACUUGUCAAAAUGCUUCUGAAUACAGCCAAUAUCAUAGGAGAAAUUUCCUGAACUAAGGAGAAAUUUCCUAUCAGUUAAAUUAGAACAAUUAAUCGGUGGAAUGACUUGCCGCCAGAAGUUGUAAAUGCUGCAACACUGGAGGUUUUGAAGAAGAGAUAAUGAAGCCAGUCACUUGUCUGAAAUGGUGUAGGUUCUCCUGCUUUGAGCAGGGGGUUGGACUAGAAGACCUCCAAGGUCCCUUCCAACUCCGUUAUUCUGCUAGAUAGGGAUGUCUGAGCUUUAUCUGUGCAUGAGAAAAAAGGAAACAAGGAAGGAUUGUAGUCAGCAGGCUCGGAGGUUAUUAAAUUUUGGGCAGUUCUCUACUCUCACCAUGCCAACCAUUUUGUGACAAUGCCUGCAAAUAGCAAUAUUAAUAGCAUUUAGACAUAUACACCACUUCACAGUGCUUUACAGCCCUCUCUAAGUGGUUUACAGCCGUUUAUAUACUGUUGUGUCUCGCUCGCUCCCCCCCGCCACAGCCGGGCCCCUCUUAUCUCCUGCCGGACGCUGAUAGUGCGGAAGAAUGUCCUGGCAUGCCUCCAGCCCCCAGCCCUGGCACCAUGCCUGGACAGGCCGAGCAAGACGAAGGGCCUGACGUACCUCCAGCCCCCAGUCCUGGCACCAUGCCCAGACAAACGGAGCAACUAAACCCCUCCCCCAUAGCAUGUGAGCCUGAAGAAUGUGAAGCCAGUCAUGAGCUAAGAUUACCAACAGCUGGAGGCUGGAGAGAUCCUCGCUUCCGGAGAAUAGAG